AUGAAUAAUAAUAGUAAUAAUAAUAAUGGUAAUAAUAAUAGUAGUAAUAAUAGUAAUAAUAAUAGUGAUGAUAAUGAUAGUAAUAACAAUAAUAAUAACAAUAGUAAUAAUAUUAGUAAUGAUAAUAGUAAUAAUAACAGCAGUAAUAACAAUAGUCACAAUAAUAGUAAUAAUAAUAUUAAUAAUAAUAGUAAUGAUAAUAAUAAUAGUAAUAAUAAUAGUAAUAAUAAUAAUAGUAAUAAUAAUAGUAAUAAUAAUAAUAUUAAUGAUGGUGGUAAUAAUGAUAAUAAUAAAGAUAAUUUUGUAUAUUAUACAUAA